AUGUCUUCAGCAAGUCCAGAAAAGUCUCAACUCAUCCAAGCAUACAUGAUUCUGCACUCUCAGCAGACCAACGUUCGCCGACGACUGUCGGUUGAUUCGAACUCGAGCUCGUCGAGCAGCCCUAGCUCGAGCACUUCAUCUUCAGCAAACGCGUCUCCCAUGUCUUCGUUCGCCGCACCUUCACCAGAGUUCUCAUUCUCCUCGAAAUCUCCUCCACCGUCAGGCUUCAGAAGACACUCUCGAUCAAGUUCAAUGGGCUCUCGUCGAGGUUCACUAUCACCACCUACCUCGCCCCACAGAACGAGCAUCACAUCCAUUCCAGAGGAACCUUCCGGGCCACCGCCGAUGAGCGUUGAUGAAGCCAAGCUUGCCGACAUCUCAUCACGAAUCAAGACUACCCUUACCGACCUCCUGAACUGCGACGCUGUCAAGAACGACCCUAGAAUGCGAUCAUGGGUCGCGACACGAUUGAUGGAUGUCGAGCAUGAGCUUAAAGAACAAAAGAGACGACGACACAGCUCCCAUGCCGAAGACGCAGAGAUGAUUGCAUCACAUCUUUGUGUGUAA